GUCGGGGCGGGAGGCGCGAGGCCAGCCCGGGACCGGGGCUGGGAGCCGGAAGGCGGCGGCGGCGGCGGCGGCACACGCGGCGGCGAGCUCCCGCUCUCGGACGCCCCCAGGCGGUGGGGCUGAGAGAGCCCGAGGAUGGCCCCGAGCGCGGACCCCGGCAUGUUCCAGAUGUUCCUGUUCCUGCUGCUGCUGUGGUUUCUGCCCCUCACUGAGGGGUCCCAGCGGGCUGAACCCAUGUUCACGGCAGUCACCAACUCAGUCCUGCCCCCUGACUAUGACAGCAACCCCACGCAGCUCAACUAUGGAGUGGCAGUGACGGAUGUGGACCACGACGGGGACUUUGAGAUCGUUGUGGCAGGGUACAACGGCCCCAACCUGGUUCUGAAGUACGACCGGGCCCAGAAGCGGCUGGUGAAUAUCGCGGUGGACGAGCGCAGCUCCCCCUACUAUGCGCUGCGGGACCGCCAGGGCAAUGCCAUCGGGGUCACAGCCUGCGACAUCGAUGGGGAUGGCCGUGAGGAGAUCUAUUUCCUCAACACCAAUAAUGCCUUCUCCGGGGUGGCCACGUACACGGACAAGUUGUUCAAGUUCCGCAGUAACCGCUGGGAAGACAUCCUGAGUGACGAGGUCAACGUGGCCCGCGGCGUGGCCAGCCUCUUUGCCGGGCGCUCUGUGGCCUGUGUGGACCGGAGGGGCUCGGGACGCUACUCCAUCUACAUCGCCAAUUAUGCCUACGGUAACGUAGGCCCUGACGCCCUCAUUGAAAUGGACCCCGAGGCCAGUGACCUCUCCCGGGGCAUUCUGGCGCUCAGAGACGUGGCUGCGGAGGCUGGAGUCAGCAAAUACACAGGGGGCCGGGGCGUCAGCGUGGGGCCCAUCCUCAGCAGCAGCGCCUCAGAUAUCUUCUGUGACAACGAAAACGGGCCCAACUUCCUCUUCCACAACCGAGGGGACGGUACUUUUGUGGAUGCUGCGGCCAGUGCGGGUGUGGACGACCCCCACCAGCACGGGCGAGGAGUCGCCCUGGCCGACUUCAACCGUGACGGCAAAGUGGACAUCGUCUAUGGCAACUGGAACGGCCCCCACCGCCUCUAUCUGCAGAUGAGCGCCCACGGGAAGGUCCGCUUUCGGGACAUCGCCUCUCCCAAGUUCUCCAUGCCCUCCCCUGUCCGCACAGUCAUCGCUGCUGACUUCGACAAUGACCAGGAGCUGGAGAUCUUCUUCAACAACUUCGCCCACCGUAGCUCCUCAGCCAACCGCCUCUUCCGCGUCAUCCGCAGGGAACACGGUGACCCCCUCAUCGAGGAGCUCAAUCCUGGCGAUGCCUUGGAGCCUGAGGGCCGGGGCACAGGGGGUGUGGUGACAGACUUCGAUGGAGACGGGAUGCUGGACCUCAUCUUGUCCCACGGAGAGUCCAUGGCUCAGCCGCUGUCUGUCUUCCGGGGGAAUCAGGGCUUCAGCAACAACUGGCUGCGGGUGGUGCCCCGAACCCAGUUUGGGGCCUUUGCCAGGGGUGCUAAGGUCGUGCUCUACACCAAGAAGAGCGGGGCCCACCUGAGGAUCAUCGAUGGAGGCUCGGGCUACCUGUGUGAAAUGGAGCCCGUGGCACACUUUGGCUUGGGGAAGGAUGAAGCCAGCAGCGUGGAGGUGACAUGGCCCGAUGGCAAGAUGGCCAGCCGGAACGUGGCCAGCACGGAGAUGAACUCGGUGCUGGAGAUUCCCUACCCCCAGGAUGAGGACAAACUUCGGGACCCAGCCUCCCUGGAGUGCGGCCAAGGAUUCUCCCAGCAGGAAAAUGGCCAUUGCAUGGACACCAACGAGUGCAUCCAGUUCCCAUUCGUGUGCCCUCGAGACAAGCCCGUGUGUGUCAACACGUACGGAAGCUACAGGUGCCGGACCAACAAGAGAUGCAGUCGGGGCUACGAGCCCAAUGAGGACGGCACAGCCUGUGUGGCUCAAGUGGCCUUUUUAGGUGGGUAUCCUUCUGCCGCCUUUAGACUCUCUGAGCCUCUCUCUCGGGCCUCAUCUCUUUCUCUAGGCCUUGGACUUUGCCUUCAGUUAUAUGCACUUUAAAUUCCGUCAAUAAAGGAAAAAAAAAA